AUGCAUUUGACUUCAAGCAUUGAUGAGCGGUACUUAUGGGCCGAUGCACUUUGCGUCACUCAUCACGAUCCUGAAGCUGCUUCUGAGCAGUUGGCGGCAAUGGGAACUAUCUAUGCAAACGCCGUUGUUACCAUUAUCGCUGCAGAUGGUGAUUCGGUGUCUGGAAUGCUUGGCUUGAAGGGUACCUCUAAGUCACGAGAACUUUCGCAAGAUUUCAUUCCGUUUGGUGAUGAAACACUCGUUGUACCACCAUGGAUCGAGCCAGGCAACGAUUCAUCUGCACGUAGGUGGCAUGAGGGGUAUACCCUGUAUACUGAACUAGAUGAAUUCAGUCGCGACUUAGACAUCCUGAUGGCCGGAUUCCCAGAUGAUCAACGUCUUUCGAAUUACAUCGGGGAUUAUAAUUGGAGGUCAUUAACCUUCGAAGAAGACGCCCUUCCAGCCAUUUCAGGCCUACUGUCAGUAUUCAGUCGAUCUUUCGAGGGAGGGUUCCUUUAUGGACUUUCAGAAAUGUUCUUCGAACACAGUCUGGGCUGGCGGCGACCAUGGUGGCAUAAAAAAGGUCUUCGAUGUCGGGUUAUCUCAGGAAGGCCCACUAAGAAUCAAUUCGCGUUCUCUGGCCUUCCUUCGUGGUCGUGGCUAGGCUGGAAAGGCUAUGUCGCGUUGCGAUAUCAAACAGCUGUUCGGGUUCGGUCCAACCGGAUUGUUGUUUUUAUGGAGGGGCGACAUCGAAUUGAAGAAGCUUUUCCUAUCACGGAGUGGUAUACAAGCGAAUCCAUAUCCGACCCACCAGAGCGAAGACGAAGAAUCAAGUCAACUUGGUUCGAGAACAGAGAUGGCUUCAAAGAUUUCACCAAGCCCAUGCCUUCCGGGUGGUCGCGUCGAGACGUUGGCACAGCAACAUCAUCACGAGGCGAGCCACGUCCCUAUCCAGAUGGAUGUGGGAGAUAUGUCUUCCAGCAUGAAGCGAUUUCGGAGAUAAAUGGGACCCCAGUGGAGUGGUACUACCCAUUUCCAGUCAACGAGAUAACAACAGCAACAUCUCCUUCUAUGCCAGAUCAAACACAGUAUCUUUUCUGUGAGACGUUUCAAGCCACACUGUUAGGAUAUCAACAGGACAUCGAUAAGUCGAAAUAUCCAAACCUCUUUGAAGCGAAGCUUUGUGAUAAAUUUGGAAAGGUAGUUGGGAAACUAGACUUGGUGAAUUAUGAAUCGAGGGACGAGUUCCCAGAGGCUGUAGAUACAACAACGGAGAUCGGGUUGCAGGUGGAUGUGGUCGCCAUAUGCAAACUUAAAAGAUACAUCAAGAAGGAACUGGAUUUGCCGCAAAUUACAAAAGAUUUGUAUCUCGUACUUUGGGUUGAAUGGAAGGAAGGUAUUGCAUACCGACUUUCGAGCGGAGAGGUCCUAGCAGAAGAAUGGGAAAAAUUGGAUUUGAAGAAGAUUUCGUUCGUGCUUGGGUAA